AUGAGGCGGGUUGUAGUCACCGGCCUCGGGUGUGUUACACCUCUUGGCGUGGGUCUCAAAUCCUUUUGGACAAAUCUGGUCAACAGUAAAUGCGGUGUAGUGUCUACCGCGGACCUUGCAAACGGUGCAUUCAAGGGUAUUCCAUGUAAAGUUGCGGCUUUAGUGCCUACGGGCGAAGAUUCACCGGAACUAUGGAGUAAAAAGAGAGCAGCGAAAGAGAUGGAGAUGAACAAGGUUGCGGUUUUUUCACAGUACGCUAUUGUUGCGGCGAAGGAAGCGUUGGAGGAUGCUGGGUUUGGGAAUGGGAAGUUUGGGAAUGAGGUUGCUGAGAGAGUGGGAGUUUGUAUUGGGAGUGGGAUAGGUUCUUUCGAAGAUGUUUGCGAAACGGCUGUGAAAUGGACGAAUAAAGGCUACACCGGUGUAAGCCCACUCCUAGUCCCCCGUCUUCUAAUAAACAUGGCCGCCGGUCACGUCUCCAUGAAAUACAACAUGAAAGGCCCCAACCACUCCGCAUCCACAGCCUGCACAACAGGCCUACACUCCAUCGGCGACGCUUCAUAUUUCAUCCAACGCGGAACAGCAGACAUGAUGCUCGCCGGCGGUGCAGAGUCCGUCAUCCACCCCCUCGCAAUAGCAGGGUUUGCACGAGCUAGGGCGUUAUCAACGAAUUAUAAUGACACACCCGAAAAGGCUUCAAGACCGUUUGAUAAGAAACGCGAUGGAUUUGUAAUGGGUGAAGGUGCUGGGGUGUUAGUUCUUGAAGAAUUGGAACGUGCGAAGGAGAGAGGGGCGAGGAUUUAUGCGGAGGUUAAGGGGUAUGGACUUUCUGCUGAUGCUUGGCAUCUUACGGCGCCGCCGAGUGAUGGGGACGGUGCUUUCAGAGCUAUGAAGGCGGCAUUAAAGGAUGCUGGGGUUGAACCUGGGGCAGUGGAUUAUGUCAAUGCUCAUGCGACGGGGACAAAACUUGGGGAUAUAGCGGAGAAUGCCGCCAUUAGAAGGUUAGUUGUUAGGGAGGGUGGGAGGAAACCUGAGGGAGUGAAUAUCUCGAGUGUUAAGGGGGCUAUUGGACACCUUUUGGGGGCUGCUGGGGCAGUAGAGAGUAUAGUGUCUAUCAUGGCGAUUCAUGAGGGAAUUCUACCACCGACUUUGAAUUUGGAAGAGCCAGGUGACCCUCCUGAGGACUUUGAUUGCAAUUAUGUUGCGAAUGAAGCACAAUCCGCGAAUGUUGACGUGGCUUUGUGCAACAGCUUUGGGUUCGGGGGGACGAAUGCCAGUCUUUGCUUUACAAAGUAUAAGGCGUAA